AUGCCAUUUGAAAUGGAUGAGUAUUAUCGUGGGCAAUUAUUCGCGGUAUCUGAGACAAGCAAGAACGAAACUGGUGGAGGUGAUGGCGUGGAGGUAUUAGAAAAUGAAGAUUUUACUAGUACCACUGUACGCCCAGGCUACAGCAUCACUGGUAUUUACACACAUAAAAUUUAUCGUACCAAAUCAAAAUCGCCGUGGGCAUUACGUAAAAUCUUUCCCGAUACAGCGUUUAUUUUACAUGAAGAGUGUUGGAAUGCUUUUCCAUAUUGCAAAACUGUGAUUAAAAAUCCAGACUAUAUGAAGGAUGACUUCUAUAUCUCUAUUGAAUCAAUGCAUCUACCAGACAGAGGAGAUACUGAAAACGCGUUGAAUUUAAGUCCGACGUUGAUGAAGAAGCGUGAAGUAAUUAUUAUUGAUAUUUAUGAUGAUAGUCUAUUGAAAAGAACGGAUGUAACGCCUGAAACAGACGUACAUGAAUUUAAAUCCAAGAAAACAGGUCGUGCGAAACUAUGCAAAGAUUGGAUUCAGACAACUAAACCCAUUAUGUGUUGUUACAAAGUAGUUCAAGUGCAUUUCAAAAUGUUUGGAUUUCAAACCAUGGUUGAACAUGUGCUCCAAAAACAAUAUCCAAGAAUUUUUUCUAAAUUUAAUCGCGAACUGUACUGUUGGACUGAUCGAUGGUAUGAUAUGAACAUUGAGGAUAUCAGAAUGAUGGAAAAAGAAACUGCAGAUGAAUUGAAGAAAAAAAUAGCGGAACCCGAAAAACGUGGUACAGUGUGUGAUGUGGAUGACAAGAAUUAA